CUCGCAAAAUUAAGGCCGAUGUUAGCCCACUAGCUAACAUAUUCGAUAGCAGAGUAAAACAAUGGUACAGACGGCUCUACAGCUUCCGUCAGAGGUCUGGAACCACGUGUUUGGGUAUCUUUCAGUGGCAGACAAGUUUAGCGUCCGGACAUCCUGCAAGUAUUUCAAAAAACUUGUUGACCACGGUUCUCUUUGGAAAGACUGGUCAGUAGUUCUGGGUUUUCAAAAUGGCUCUUACAACAGUCAAUUCUGGGCCACUCUUCGCCGCAGAAAAGUCACCAGUGUGGUGGUAAGGAGCACCAAAGCUAAGGUCUGGAAACAGCUUGCCUUGUCCCUUCCUACUCUAACCACAGUGGUAAUCGACCAAAGCUCCCAAACAAGCCUCGACUGCUUAAAGGACUUCACAAAUUUGAAGCGUCUGGCUAUUAGAUGCAGUCGCAUCUCUCUUUUGCUAGAUGCUUCAACAGUGUAUCAACCCCAGCAGCUGACUCACCUUAGCAUGUGUGAUGUUACAUUUCCCACUUCGGCCAUGGGACGCUUUAUUUCUGCUGUCUCACAGUUUCCAAAUCUUACAUCUCUGGUCUGUCAUCGGAUGGGAAUAUUUGAAGAAACAAUUUGGAUGGUUCACUCCAUACUUACCUGUCUGCGUAAGCUGAAACAUCUCUCGGUGUCCAUUGUGCAUACACUGUGCGCCUUUCACAAUAUUUCCAGACCCAACCCAAGCCCCUUAGGAGAAGCUGGUGGUGCACCAUUCUUGUCCAGUUUGGAACUUAUUGACUGCAUGGAUCAUUCAUUACCAGAAGAUGCAAUGAGACUGAUGCCUGGCCUUAAGAGGCUUGCUGUCUUCUACAAGAGUUUGCAUAAGGAGAUGCCAUCACCUGAUGGCUGUCACCUGAAAACAUGGCUGAGUGACCUCCCUCAACUGUCAACCUUGGUCAUUGUCAAGGGCCCACCUGUUAAGAAGUAUGUCACCUCCAUUCCAGCCACAUUGACCAGUCUCACACUGUGUGUUGCAGGGUUGUCCUUAGAGGACAUGGAAGCUGUGUCAGUGCAGGUACCAAAUCUCCUGCACUUUCACAUAGACCCCUGGCCCUCACAUUUGGGAGCUCACACAGCUCAAAUCCCACACCUUUUUCAAAAGCUCAAAGGUCUCAAACUUCGCCAUGAACAUGUACCAGAGAGAGACUUCUUACAGCUUCACCAGCUGCUGGACCUGGAAUACUUGGAGAUUCUGGAUAUGCGCCCGCAACUCUCUGAGCUUAUAGGCAAGCUCCAAGCUCUCACAGAGUACAGACUUCAGGUCACAACCUCUCCUCACAGGAGAGAUGUGUUGUCUUGUCCUUGUGUUUGUCAGGUGUAUUGAUUCCCUGUCCUUUUCCCCGUCCAGUCAGUUUGUUGCCAUAUUGUUGUUUGAACUUGUCGGGAUCAAAUUUAAUGUCUGGGGUUUUGAUUUUCAAAAUAAUUUAAACAUGCAUUUACUUCAAAUUAAUCUACAGACUCCAAAACCACACAGUGCUAACCGAGCUAUAGCUUAGUUUCUUUUUUAUAUUUAAAAUAUAUUUUCAUAAUCUGUAAUACUACCCACUGUUAAUGUAAACCAAUGGUUCCCAAGCUGGGGGUCAACCGCUUACAAGGGGUCAAUAAACAAAUGUUUUCAGUCUAAUCUUUGUUUUCCUUGUAAAUUACUUUUACUUUAUCAAGUAAGCAUCCCUUUGUUGUAAGGUAUCAUAAGCCAAAAGGUUGUGACCCAACAGCAAUGCUGUACUAAACUCUGUACAUAAAACAUCCUGUGUUUGACUUUUUUUUACAUUUACAUUUUUUAAAUGUGUACAUAAACAUUUCA